UCCCGCCCUCCCUCCCGGCGGCCGCGGCGCCUCUGACAGCGCGGAGCGAGCGGAGCGUCCCCGAGCGCCGGGACCGCGCGCCGGAAUCCCCGCACCGGGACCGUCACCCCGCACCGGGACCCUGACGCCGCACCGGGACGCCGCGCCGAUGGAUUGAAUCUUCUGUGUUGAAUGCCUCUGGAUUUCCUGCUGGGUUUCACAUCUGAGCAAAUACUUGUGAUUUAAGCCACUGUGGCAGACUGAAUUGUGGAUCCUGGGUUCCCAAGACUUUAGCUCUUGAGGAGAAGCCACUGCUCGAUCACGUUAACCUGACAUCUCAGCCACGAUGGUGCUGUCACAAAGGCAACGAGAUGAACUAAAUCGAGCGAUAGCAGAUUACCUCCGUUCCAAUGGCUACGAGGAGGCAUACUCGGUUUUUAAAAAGGAAGCUGAAUUAGAUGUGAAUGAAGAGUUAGAUAAGAAGUACGCUGGACUUCUGGAAAAGAAAUGGACAUCUGUUAUAAGAUUACAAAAGAAGGUAAUGGAAUUAGAAUCGAAGCUGAAUGAAGCCAAGGAAGAAUUUACAUCAGGUGGACCUCUUGGUCAGAAACGAGACCCUAAAGAGUGGAUUCCUCGUCCUCCAGAGAAGUAUGCACUGAGUGGGCACAGGAGUCCUGUCACUCGAGUCAUUUUCCAUCCAGUGUUCAGUGUUAUGGUCUCUGCUUCAGAGGAUGCCACAAUAAAGGUGUGGGAUUAUGAGACAGGAGACUUUGAGAGAACCCUGAAGGGGCACACAGACUCUGUGCAAGAUAUUUCCUUUGACCACACUGGCAAACUCUUGGCCUCCUGUUCUGCUGAUAUGACCAUUAAGCUAUGGGAUUUCCAGGGCUUUGAGUGCAUCAGAACUAUGCAUGGUCAUGAUCAUAAUGUUUCUUCCGUAGCCAUCAUGCCCAACGGAGAUCAUAUAGUUUCUGCCUCAAGGGAUAAAACUAUCAAAAUGUGGGAAGUCCAGACAGGUUACUGCGUGAAGACUUUCACGGGGCACAGAGAAUGGGUGCGCAUGGUGCGGCCCAACCAGGACGGCACCUUGAUUGCCAGCUGCUCCAACGACCAGACGGUGCGCGUGUGGGUGGUAGCGACAAAGGAAUGCAAAGCUGAGCUCCGAGAGCACGAGCAUGUGGUAGAGUGCAUUUCCUGGGCUCCCGAGAGCUCCUACUCCACCAUAUCAGAAGCUACAGGAUCAGAGACUAAGAAGAGUGGCAAGCCUGGGCCUUUUCUGCUGUCUGGAUCCAGAGACAAGACCAUUAAGAUGUGGGACAUUAGCACUGGCAUGUGCCUUAUGACACUUGUGGGCCAUGAUAACUGGGUACGUGGCGUCCUGUUCCAUUCUGGGGGAAAGUUUAUUUUGAGCUGUGCUGAUGACAAGACUCUCCGUGUCUGGGACUUCAAGAACAAGCGAUGCAUGAAAACCCUCAACGCGCACGAACACUUUGUUACCUCUUUGGAUUUCCACAAGACAGCCCCGUACGUGGUGACUGGGAGUGUAGAUCAAACAGUAAAAGUGUGGGAGUGCCGCUGAUGGAGUUCACAGUGACCCCUUUUCCUCUGGAUGCACUCAGAUACCAUGGUUACCCAUUGAGCUCUGUUUAAAUAAAUAUUGUCCUUUCAUGUAAAUUAUUCUGGAUGUAGAUUGAGCUUAUUAAAUGUUACACACAAAGUAUUCAUGCAUGGUGAAUCCAAAUUGUAUACUGUAAAUUUACAUACGUUGUCUAGAAGUACCAUAGGUUUAAGAACAUGGGCUGGCAUUGGUCACAUCAGACCUGAGAAGGCAGAAGUGGGAUGAUUGGAAUAGGGCACUUAACUGAAUAGUUGACAGUGUCGUUAUGUCGGAUAAUUAUACCUGUUUUUCUUUCUGCUGUCUGUUGGUGCCUGAAUUGGUGACCUCAUUUGGGAAAAGUUUUGUAGGGCUCUUUCAGAAAUGUGUAUCUAUGUAACAUCACUUAAGUGUGCUUAAUAAAUCUUCUCUAAGAAUACUAGAUAAUAAGGCUGCAAUUCAGAAUCUUCUGAACCUUAUAUGUAAUUAAUGGAAAUUAAUUAAACUCUGGAAUAUUUGUCAUGAAACAUUUGCCAAAUCAACAGAAAACAUUUGUUUUGGCCUCCUAUCACGCAAGGGUUGGUAUAUUUAUAGAACUGACUGUAAACCUGAAAUAAGACAACAAAUCUUAGUCGCAGCUGAUGUGAUAAAUGUAUUUAUUUUUUAUUUGGUCAUUCAAUGGUUAAGCUGUGCUGUUAAACUAAGUUUAAAUGGUUUUUUGUUUGGUUUUUUUUUUUUUUUAUGCUAGACGAAUUUCCAGGAGGAGUUGUCCAUCCCACUAGAGUUUAGUGAUCCAGUUUCCAGUAGAGCUUCCUCUCCCAAAUGACUGCCAUGGUCCAACUUGCUGUUUGCUUUCCAUGUUUGUUAGAGAUGUGCAAUUCCUAUUUACACAGCAGGAUCAAAGGACACUUCCCUCAUUCACUGGCAGGAAAUUGGGGUAUACUAAAGUUUUUUGGUUUCCUUAGUGCCUCCUUGGACAAUGAGGUGAUCCUCACCUUGGCAAUGUGGCUCCAGUUGAAACAUCCUGGGGUUUGCAAGUGGAGAAAAACCGUGGGCUGCAGCAUUGAAAUGCUUUAAAGGAAGCACUAAGUAUCUUGAGACUCAGUUGACAAUGGCAGGUCAGAUCCAUGCAGGCUUCUAAAAGAAAGAUGCCAUGAACAAAGCCCACACCCAUCUGUGGGAAUGAUAAUAAACAUUAAAACCAAACCCAAAUCCUAUCAGCAAAACCAGCCCAGCUCAGUUAUUAGAAUUUAUGUUGUUUGGUGUAAACAAUUUUUAAUUUGCAUAUCCCUAAAGUUACAUAUUUUGAUCUGAAAUGAAUGAAAAUACUAUAAAUUAAUAUUUUAAUCACCAUUUUUGUGACAGAUUCCAUUGCAGAUAACCAAGAAUUACAAUACUUAUCAAACUAACCAGGUGUUUUUAAAAAUCAACUUUAAAAUUGACAAUACAAUGAAGUACCAGGCUGAUGUUUUAACAGGUGAAUUUGUGCUUUAUUUUAUUCCUUUGGUUUAAUCCAUGGCUUUUAAAAUGUCCCUUUAAAUGCCCCUGAGAGUCCCUGACCAGCAUAGGGUGGGCUGGAGGGUGAGCACACUGCACUGGUGAGGGGGAAACUUCCACAGUCAGCCCAGAAGGACCCUUUGUUCUGUGGGAGGAGCUGGGUGGGGUGUGGGAUCCUCUGGGAAGCGGUGGAGAAAGCGGCGUUCUGAUGUGGGGGUUUUCAGAGCCAGUUUAAGAUCCAGGCUAAUCUCUUAAAUCCAGUGGUUUCUGUCAUUCUCAGUGUGUGUUGCUGCAUAAGCAUGCACGAAUAAAGUCUGUUUUGUUCGUUA